AUGUAGCGUUAUCGGAAAAACGCGGGAAAAUCGUCGGCGGCCGCCCGUGGAUCAGAUCAGUUGGCUCGCGCCUGCCGUGAGAGAUGGACGGUUCUGUGCGUUCGUUUGUCUUAGCACUCGCGGCGAUCGCGUUCGCGACCGCGCGCGGCUACAUUCCCUCCCACGAUAAUAUACUCAGAAUACAAUUGUGGGAUGCUGAGGGCCUGAGCAGAGACCCCAUAACUACCCGACCUCCCUCUACUACCACACAACCCCCAAAACAUAAAUUGAAAGUUAGUUUGGAUUCGCUGAACAAUGCGAUGCUGGAGGAAGAAUACGGAAGCGGUUUCGGGAAGUUCAUUAGACACAAAGUGAGACAUAAGAGAAGAAGGCCAAGAGAGAGCGGCACUGACCUUCCGUGGCGGUUCCACUCCGGUAGUGGAUUGGUGAAUGUGGAGGUAUACGAUGACGAUGUGCCGUGGAACCAGAUUGACGGGGCUGGACACGGCGUGAAUGUCAGUGUAGUGAGUGAGAGUGCGUAUUCCGGUGCGGAGGGAGUACGGGAUGUGAGCCCGCCGAUGAACCUGCAGCAACUCGAGGACGAGGAAGAAGAGGCGAAGCUUCCAGUAGUGCCUAAAUGCUGCGCGAGCGGGCAAAACAUCAGCGUAACAGUGGACUCUCAGGGUGCAAUGAAGUCUAUAUGCGCACGGACCACACUGACCUUUCAGCCCCUCUUCUACAAGUCCAACGACUCCUUCAUGUGGAGUUUCGAUACUAAUGUCUACGAGACAAUCGUCGGCAACCCUUGCAUCUACGACAGAUACAAGUUGGAACCAGAUAAGAUAAGCACAGAUGAGUUUUAUUUAUUAGUGAACGGUUCGCUCUUCCUCCCCUUUGGUAGGCCCAUACUACUCGGGAACAGGGAGUUUUGUAUGGAGACAUUCUGGAAUGAGUCUAAUCCGGCCGGUGUUACAUUACCGUUGGUUUGCUUUACAACUGACGCCGCAGAUACUAGCGGUAACGUUACGUUGAGUGUUUACGCUACAGGGUUGUUAAUAUCGGUGCCGUUUUUAUUAGCCACGGCAUUUAUUUUCGUAUACAUCACCAAACUGAGAGAUACUCACGGCAAAGCCCUGGCAUGCCAUUCGACCUGCUUAGCGGUCGCUUUCCUCUGUUUGGCCGCGACUCAAUUGGCUGGACAUGCAUUCCCAGUUACUAUUUGCACUAUUAUGGCAUAUUUGAUCCAGUUUUCGUUCGUCUCAUGUUUUUUCUGGCUGAACGUCAUGUGUUUCGAUACAUAUUUAAAUGUUAGACGAUUUCUUGCAAGCACGACAGUAUCGAGGCGAAGUAUGAGACGACGGUUUGCGUGCUACUGCGUAUAUGCAGUAGUCCUACCCCUGGUGUUACUUAUAGUGACGGUUACUAUGGACUUAUCUCCAGCUGUUCCUAGUACAUACCUUAAGCCCGAUUUUGGAGUUAAGGGCUGUUGGUUUAAAACGGACCAGGCUGCGUUACCAUACUUUUAUGGCCCUGUAGCAAUCAUACUCAUCAGUAACAUAAUAUUAUUCGUAAUCACAUCACGUGAAUUUGCUAUUAAUUACGAAAAAUUAAAAGUUACACAUUUUCCUUUAGAUAGUACAUACUCAGAAAACAGUACGUCAGAAGAUUUUGUACACCAAGGUCCCGUACUGGGUCAGAUAAUGCCGCGACAUAGUGCUAUAUCACCACAGGAUGAAAACUAUAAUUAUCGUGAGAUCUUGAGAAAAUAUAGGACAAUAUUUCGUAAAUGCUGUCUACUAUCAGUCAUAAUGGGUCUGUCGUGGGCUCUGGAGGUGGUGUCAUGGGCGGCUGGUGCUGGCUCCACUGCGGUGUCGGUGUGGUCAUUGUUUGACCUCAUCAAUGCGCUGCAAGGGCCUGUCAUAUUCGCCAUAUUCGUAUUACGGGAACCUGUCCGUUCUUUAGUAUGGGAAUCUAAACUCUUCGAAUCGUGUAGAAGGAAAAACCAGGGCUCGGAGGAAUUCACAGUGAAUGAAAGGAAAAGUAUCAUUGGACCCAGAAAAGGAGACCAUGUGUAGUGUGUGCUAAAGUACAAUUUUGAUAAAUUGGAACAAUCGAGUGAAGGCAGAGACUGAUUAUAGUAACAGUAUUAUACAUUUGACGUCGGACGCGAGUGGUAUGAUAUCAAAUAUUGUUUAGCACGCUUAAUGGUUAUUUUGUUACAAAUAUGAAACCGUAUUCGUCUAUAAUAUGUUUCUCUAUUAAAUAAGUAUUAGCAAGCAAUCAUUGUAUAUUUUCUGAUCAAAUUUAAUAAGUUAAAAAUAGAACAAACAAAAGAACAAUAAUAUAGUAAUUACUUAUUACAUAAACUUUUUGAUUUAUCUAUUUUAUUUAUAUACAGUUAUUUCGAUUAAAAUGGCAAGAUUAUUUACUAAAUAUGGCAAGUAUACAAAAACGGAUUUAAGACAUAUGUACAUGGUUAGUUGUAAUGGGUAUACAUAUAACCAGAGGGAGACUUUGUACAAAAGUCGAUUGCUUGGGCACCUCUGUCCCAUUCGUGUUUCAACCGUGAAGCAGUUGUGUUUGCAUGACUGUGUUUCGGUUUGAAGGGUGGGAUAUGGCGUGAAUUUACAGGGUACAGAGGAAUAACACCUGAGUCCUCAGGAAUGGCAACCCAUGGGGGGUAUCAUGGGUGAAACAGUAUAGUCUGCUAUGUCCAUGGUACUGCUCAUGUCUAUAGGCGACGGUUACCACUUUCCAUCAGGUGGGCCGUCAGCUUGUUUGUCAUUCUAAGUUGCAUAAAAAAAAAAAAAAAAUAUAGGUACGCUGAAUAUCUAUAUUCUUAGCUGAACUAUCUUUCAAGGAAUGUUUUGAAUAUAUGUAAUUUUUUUAGAAUUAAAUCGAAUACACAACUGCUCCGUUAGUAUGUAAAGUUAAAAUAAUAUUUUGAAAUUUUAACCUUAAUAUUUAAGGAAAGUUGUUUAGUUUCGUAUAUGCGAUUAUAUAUUGGAUUUCGGCUUGGUAUACCCAACAUUAUGACUAACUAAAUAUAAAAAUAAUAUAAAAUAUAAAAAGCCUGCACUAUAGUUCGAAUUGAGUAGUAAUAUCAGACAGUUCUUUUGAUAGGUGCUUAUUAAUUGUUUACGCAUUACAUGAAAAAAAAAAGGUUUUGUUAUUUUAUUAAAAAUGUCUACGUUCAUAAAUAGAAUCUCUUCUGAUACCUAAAUUACAAGAGUCGCUUUCGUAGGUUGCUGAUGUUAUACAAUUAUGAGUAGAUAUUAUAGCGAUCUACAAAGGCCUAAUUAAGUUAUUUUUAAUUUAUCAAACACUUUCGAUUUUAUAUCUAUGUAAGAGAUCCCUGAAAAUUUGUCUGUAAUCAGAAUAAAUAAAUAAAUCUGAAACUUGUUUAAUUCAUAUAUUUAAAUUAUUUGUCAUAGGUUAUAAUUUCAAAUUAGCAACCUAUGAAAUAUCUUAUAAUUAUUUUAUUGCAUCUCAUUAUAAGAAACUGAUAGGUAUUUUAAACAUAACAUGAACACGAAAUAAAAAAAAAAUUAUAACAACUUAUUAAUAACAACUUAUUUGAUAUCAAACCACUCAAUAGUGAUAUCGUUAGUAAAACGAUAUGAAGGUAUUAAACUUCUUUCAUGGUUUCAUUCCUGUGAUAGCGCCUUAAAAAUGUUUGAAAUAUUUUUGUUGUUUUUAUAAUUUUAUUUGGCUUGUACCAUUAUGUUAGUUAACUAUUAUUUAGUAAUAAGAUUAGAUGUUUAGUAUGUACAACUUUGUUUAAACAAUUGUUUUGAAUUUUUACUUUUUAUUUCUAAGAUGUUUCAACAUUCGCACUAGAGUUGAUUUUGAUAAUUUUUGUUUAAGAAUUUGGCUGAAUAUUGCAUCUUUUAGAAUAAUAAUAAAACAAUAGAUCGUAAAAAAAUAGGUAAUUUCUAUUGACUUUAAAAGAUGGUAGUUCUCAAUUCGGUUGUAUGUUUUAUUUUUAAUAUUUGUUACUUCAUAAUACCGUCAGUUGUAAAUCGAUUUGAAAAUUUUUUUUUAUCUGAAAGAAUAUAUUUAUAGUAUGGUUCCAUAGAAAUUUUAUCAUUAUAUAUAUAUAUAUAUAUAUAUAUAUAUAUAUAUAUAUAUAUAUAUAUAUAUAUAUAUAUAUAUAUAUAUAUAUAUGAUAUAUAUAUAGAUAAUUUUAAAUUUAUUUUUGUCAGUUCCUAUAUAUGUAUCUACUACAUGUCUAUAACAACUCUAGUUUGAAUGUAACAUCAAUCUUACAGCUUGUUAUGGCUAUGGUUGUUAAUAGUAAAUGUAAGAAAAUAAGAUAUUUUUGUAAUUUAGGUAAAAAUACGCAUGACCAAGAGGUUAACGAUUAAGUUAGUUGUAGACAGAAUGCUGUACUCAAUUUCAGUAUAAUUAAAUCAACUAUAUCAUAUAUGCAUAUAUGGCAUUAUUUUAAGCUUAAAUGAAGCAGAUAUGAUAUUGGUCCCAUUUAUUUGUAAAUGUAUAUCAUUUGUCUUUAUAUUUAUGUUUAGAUCUAUAUCUUAAAUUAUAUUCAGUUAUAUUGUAGUUCCAUGUCUUUUUGGUAAUUAAUCAUUGCAAAUUGUUCUUAAAACAUUAAGAAAGUAUGAAAAUCAUAUAGCAUAUAAGGUUCACACUCCGCUCGCUUCAAAGUUUAAAUUCAGUCAUACAGUAUAAAUUUAUAUUACGAGUAAUAGUAUUAGAAUAUGUGUUUUAUAUUUCAAUAUUAUUUCUAUUAUUACUAUUUCGGUUAUGAAAACUCCAUAUUUUAAUCUAAAUAACUAUAGAGAAAGGAUUUUUUAAUUAUCAAUGAACAGAUAACCACUUACUUACCUCACACGUGAAGUAUAGAUUACUUACGUGAUUCUUCUAUAUCUCCUUAAACAUAAAUGUCACUUACCAUCAGGUGAGUCGCAUGCUCGUUUGUCCCUGGGUUAUAAACAAAAUAUCAAAAUAUUACACUUAUUAAUUUCAACACCAAUAAAAAGCACGCUGUUUUGUUUAAAACUAUUCGCUGGCCAUUUUUGUGGAUAUUUUUUGAUAUUCAGUCCACGCUCCAUCUGAAAGUGCGUAUAUGUAGCUAUGUAAUUUAAGUUGUGCAGAUAUCUUUAAUAAUAACAUGUUGUUAACGUGUGCGUGUGCUUAUUUACAAGCGAGUCAAAUCAUGGCCGUGACAAAUUGAGUGUUCAAUUGUUGAUUAUGUCGGCUGGAGCCUUGAUGUUUUUCGGGUUCACUGUUUCUACAUAAUAAUGGCUCGUAAUGAUACAACAUGACUAAGCAUUUAAUUCCUCAUAUUUAUAUUUUGCACACUUAUUUGUAAAUAUGUGCAUUUAAGAAAUAAAAACAACAUGGAAAAAAAGAGUUAAUUGCCAUUAAUCGUAGUAUAGAGCAAAAUGUUAUAUACCAUACUAGUUGUCCGAUCCGACUUCGCGCGGGCAGAUAGAAGGUUUCUAUAGGUGAAAGCGUUUUUAAAAUUUGGUUGAGAAGUUUUUUAGUUUAUUCAUUACAAACAAACAAUCAAAUCUCUUUAGUAUAGAUGAAUUAAAUUUUUCCAUCAUUUUUUUAUUUAUGUACUUUAAUAACAAUAAUUAAAUAAUUAAUUUAACAAUUUAAUCAGUUGCAUUUUGGAUUGAGGCUCAAAUUUUUAACUACAAUACUUAUCCAUUUAUAUAUUUGUCCAGAUUUUCCCAAAUGACUACAGCGUGGGUUCGUCAAAAAAGGGGUAAAGAGUUUACUUAGGAUCGAUAACACGCGUAAUGCCCCUAGUAUCGUAAGUGUUCAUAGGCUUCAGUAACAGCUUACCAUCAGAUGGGCCAUAUGCUUGUUUGCCACCUCAGUGGUGUAAAAAAAAUAUAGUCCUGUUCGACUCGCACUUACCUUCGUAUUCGUUGGAAUCGCGUGGAUGUCGAAAAUACUCGCAUUUUUUUAAUAAAUCAUAUUUAUUAAAAAAAUAAAGAAAACAAUUUGAAGUAUGUUAGAUAUAAAUCACAGAUGGUUAUCAUAAAUUAAAUUAGUAAAGUUAAUUAAAUCAAUUAUUUCUCAUUAGUAGUGUCUACAAUUAUAUUGUAUAUAUUCGUUAGUUAUUUCCAACGCAAUAUUCACUUGAUUUUGUAUUCAUUUUAAUAAUUAAAUUUCUAAUUUAAACAUCAAAUUUAUUAUGUAUUUCUAAACAAAUAUUACAUUGAAACCUUCAAGAAAAUAGCAAAUUCAUUUCUAAAAGGUCGACAACAAAACUGCUAUUUUCCCCUGUUGCGAGUGCUUAUCACUUAUCAUCAGAUGGACUGCAUGCUCGUUUGUUCUCUCAAUUAUAAAAAAAAAAAAAAAUUAGGCAAAAUAAGGUUUUCUAUUUUCAGAUUUUAAGUCAACAACUCGUUGUUACUACAUUAUUCGCUCUGCCAAUGAGUAUUUGAAAAUAAAAUAUAUUGUAAAAUAUUGUAUUUUUGAUUGGACUACAUUUCAUAAGGGGUAGACAUUUCAAUAUUUGUAAUAUACGGCUUAUUUGCGGAAAUAAUAAAACAGGCGUUUACAGUGUAAAGUUAUUUAUCUUAAUCUUAAAUGAUGACUUUAGAUUCUAAUCAAAGUAUUAAACAAAAUAUAAACGAAAAAGAAAAUGUUCUAUCCUUGUCAUUGACACUAUACUAUAAAGAAGGUAGGUACGAUUAUUUAUUAAAAACAAAACCAUAGUAAAUUUAGUUAUUAUUUUUUCAUAAAAUGGAUGGUAAUCAAUUACUUACUGUUAUAAAAUGAUUAAUGGAUAUUAUUAUAAUAAUUUUAAUAGAAAGAACGUGCCAAAUCGUGUUCUUGUAUUUUUAAGUAUUAUUACAUGCACAGAAAUAACAAGUAUGUAUCUACCUAUUGAUUAUAAGCUGAUAUAGGUAUACAUAUUCCUUUAAUUGAUUUAUGAAUCCAAUAUACUAAAAUUAUAUCAAAAGAAAUAGUUAUUGAAUUAUUAUUUUGUAUAGUUUAGCUACUAUUUAGUAGGUACGAAAUUUUUUGUGGAGAAACACAGAAUUACUAAUAUUCGUACCUACUAUAAAGCAUAAAAAUAUGUUUAUUUUUAUGUAUAAAAGCCCUUCAAAAUCUCCCUUACUAGUGGUUGUCUGUUUAUUGUUAACAUAUUCUUUUAAUUAAAAUAUGAAUUUAAUAAACCAACAACUAUAUCAAUAGAACAAGUUAUUGGAAUUAUUACUUUGAUGAUUCCAUGAUGGAGAUAUCUACUAGAGAAGCCCUUUAAUAUUUUCCCUAAUAUAGUGGUUUGCUUUUCACUGUUAAUAUGUUUACAUACAUGUUCCAUUAUAUAUAUAUAUAUAAUUGCAGUAUUCUAUUUAGAACAAUACGUAUAUUGUUAUGUUAAGCAAUCAUUUCAUAGUAAAUAUUCUUUACAGAAUGAACUUAGUUUCAUCGAUUUAUAUAAAUAAAUAUUUGUUGCUGAAAAAAUUGAAGAAGGUUACGGUUUAAUAUUUUAGAGCCUUGAUACACGGACAGUUUUCAAUAAUAAUAAUAAAUUAAAUAAUUACUCUUUAUAAGUGCAAUAUUAUAAUAUUUUUUGGCUACUGUGUUUAUUUUAUAAUGUUUUCAUAUUAGACAGUAGCAGGUAUUUUGUAAAUUUAUCAUUACUAUGCUGAAUUAAGUUGGUAAUAUUUCAGAAUUUUGUUAUUCGUGCAUAAACUGUGACAGGAUUUGGUUGAUAUUUGAUCAAAAAAAUAGGAUAUGAAUUUCUAGAUGACAUUAUGGAUUAGUGUAUAUCAGAUUGGAUAACGUAAAUGCAGCUUUACAUAAUUCUGUUUGCGACGGUGUACAAGUUAAUUCUCACUACGAGAGAGCAGUCCGUGUAGUAAGACUACUAAAAUAAAAAAUAAAUUAAAUUCACGAUUUGAACUUAACGCAACGCGAUUACAGGUAAAUAGUACCUAUAUAUCUGAUUUCUAUUGGCAACGUUUCGACCACUAUGUCGUGACUAAUACUGCAAGUGUGUACUGCACAGCACUGAACACAGCAGUGAACGGCGUCUUCAUUUGGCACCUCGCGCAGUUCCUUCUGCCACCCUUACUUUAUCACUACCGCUAUGACAAUGACGUGGUGUAUGGGUAUGUAGGUACUAUUUACCUGUAAUCGUGUCGUCUUAAAAUUCGAUUGUGAAUUUGAUAUUUGUGUGAACAACGUGAAAGUUUAAAAUUAAAAGCACAUGUGCCAUAAAAUGUAUGCAUAUGCACAUCUAUCGCAAAUACUUGUGGUGCAUUUCCUUUCAAAUAAAACUAGUCAUAAUAUAUUAAAAUAAAUGUUAUAAUAAAUAAAUCCUUUAUUUAUAAUCUAAGUUAAUAUUAUUCUAAUUAUAAUUAUUUAAAUAUUAAAUAAACUAAAUUAUCUCCUAUCAAAGCAUAUAACGUUCAUUUCUACAAUUUAUAAAAGCACGUAUGUUCCUCAAAGUAUAUUUCCAAAUAUGUUAUUAAUGUUUGAUUGAUUGAUCAUAAAGUGAAUCCGGAUAAGACUGUUUGUAUAUGGAUGAAACAAGAAUACGUAAUAAAUUUAUUAAAAUGUCAUUAUAAUAUAUAUGUAGAUAAGGCCAACUGCGUAAUAUCUGCUAAUUAUAUCCAUUGUGCCGUAACUGUAUUAGGUUUUUUUUUUAUCUUUUUUGGGUCACGUUACUAUAUAUUAUUUGGAAAUCAACAAAAAUUACGACCCCACGACAAUAAUUAGUGUUAUAGAGUGACCUAAAUUUUAUUACGGCCUAGUAUAAAAUUAUUCCUUUUUUUUUGUAUGUAUUACGAAAUAGCAUCGAAUCUUUGUUUGGCUCUAUUAAUUGUAUUAACUAACUAUUAGUUUGUGUAAAUUGUAACUUAUUUAGUUAAGUUAGUGUACAUGUGUGUAACUAUGUAUCAUAAUAUUGUUAAAUGUUGAUGCGGAUUUUUAAGUGAAUGACAAUUUAAAAUGAUGUAUAUUUGUCUAUUUUGCAAAACAUGACGUUAAAUAAACAAGCUUUAUAAA